UGGGACGGCCUAGAAAUAGGAGCCCAGGGCAGAGAUUUUUGUUCUCUCCCAGCACAGGAACUCCUUUUCUCAAACUUUUGCUCUCUUCCGUGAGAUACUCUGACUUCGUGCUCAGAAGGCCGGAGCUUGUGGACCUAUGUGAACCCAACUAGACAGCAAACUUGCUGAAUUAUUCCAAAGGCCUACAAAGGUUUUGUAACAAUGUGGCUGACAUUCCUGGUGUCCCUGGCCCUUCUGGCCCCGGCAAUCUCAGCUGCCACGGCUACAACAGCAGAUAAAGUCCUAAGCAACCAUGCCACCAUUCUGGCCGACAACAGCGCCAAUCUGGCUAUCAGCCUCUACCAGAACGUGGCAAAGGAAAAAGGAGCAGAGAACAUCCUCAUCUCCCCCGUGGUGGUGGCCUCCUCCCUGGGACUGGUGGCUCUCGGGGGAAAGGGUUCCACUGCUUCCCAAGUGAAGACCAUCCUGAACGCAGCCAAGGUUCAGGACGAGCAGCUGCACUCUGGUUUGGCAGAGCUUCUCACUGAGGUGAGCGACCCAAAAGAGCGCAAUGUCACCUGGAAGAUUAGCAACCGCCUCUACGGACCAAGCUCUGUCACCUUUGCGGAGGAUUUUGUGAAGAGCAGCAAAAAGCAUUAUAAAUGUGACCAUUCCAAGAUCAACUUCAGAGAUAAAAAGAGUGCUGUUAAGUCUAUCAACGAGUGGGCGGCCAAGUCCACAGACGGCAAGCUGCCCGAGGUCACCAAAGACGUGGAAAACACUGAUGGAGCCAUGAUCAUCAAUGCUAUGUUUUUCAAACCUCACUGGGAUGAGCAGUUCCACCCCACGAUGGUGGACAACCGAGGGUUCCUGGUGUCCGGCAGCUACACAGUGGCAUUACAGAUGAUGCACCGCACGGGUCUAUUUGACUUCUAUGAUGACACAACCAAUAAACUGUAUCUUCUGAGCAUGCCUUUGGCUCAUAAGAAGUCCACAGUGGUGUUCGUCAUGCCCUACCAUGUGGAGCCUCUGGACAGACUAGAGAAGAUGCUUAGUAAAAAGCAGCUGGACACAUGGAUGGGAAAAAUGAAGCAGACAGCAGUGGCUGUUUCUCUGCCUAAAGUCAGCAUGGAAGUUAGUCACAGCCUGCAGAAGCACCUUCAGGACCUGGGCCUCACCGAGGCUGUGGACAAAUCCAAAGCUGAUCUGUCCAACGUCUCUGGGAAAAAGGAUCUCUAUCUGUCCAGCGUACUCCAUGCUGCUGCCUUGGAAUGGGACACUCACGGAAAUGAAAUUGAUACCAGCAUCUUUGGCACAGAGAAACUCAAAAACCCAAAGCUGUUUUAUGUUGACCACCCGUUCAUUUUCCUCAUCAAGGACAAGAAAACAAACUCCCUACUGUUCAUCGGCCGGAUGGUCAGGCCCAAAGGAGAAAAAAUGAGAGAUGAGUUGUAACUGAAUUUGUACGUUCUGGAUAUGUUUUGAUGUAUAAUUGUAUUCCACUGUUGUAAAAUCCAUUCCAAAACACAUAAUAUGGGAAUUGUGUUAGGUAUUUUUCCAAUUGACAAUAAAUUGCUUAAUAUUUUACAUAAUAGAUUGAGAACUAAAAAAUUUAAAUACUACAAUUUGGAUUAUUGCGGUCAAUUAUGGGAUAUUUGUUCAACUGUAAUGUCUGAAUGGGUUAUUUUCAAGAUGAAGCAUUUCAGUGUUUGUCUUUGGCUAAUUCUAAGAUUUGAGAUAAAAAAAAGCAACAAAGCCAUAUUUUUUCCAAAAGUGGUAACUAUAUUUUUGUUUCUAUUCUUUGCACUGUUGCAGUCUGUUGUUGUUUUUUCAUGGUCUCCUGAUGCACUUGGAAACAGAUGAUUCAUCUAAACAUUCUUCAUUUUUAAAAGAAUGUCUUUCAUAUUUGAGAAAAAAAAAAGUCUGUGAGGCAUUUCCUUCUUUUAAAAUAAAGAAUGUGAGAAAACAAGUACG